UCCCUCGAAACUGAGUGUGUGUGCACGUAAACAUUAAUUUUAUUUUUGUGAAAAAACUUUAAUAAUACAUAAGAAAACUUUAUAAAUUUAGUAUCAGAAAUUGAAGAAAUUAUUAUAGUUUAUGUAAAUUAUCAAAUUUUUAUCACAGUGCUAGUGGACUACCACAGAACCUAAAGUGUACAAAGGUGUUCGAGAAAAUAAGCCUCAAAAUGGUAGGCGGCGGUAACAAAAUUGUGGCCACCUUAAGGGCAGACGGCAAAGUAUUUCCCACCAAGGAUGGUACAACUACUAUAGCUCAAUUGGCUAAUCUAAUGAAUUACAAAAUUCGGACGGAGGGUGAGAUAAUAAACAACAAGUCACUGAGUACUUUGAGUGUACCCACAACAGUUGUGGACUUGGGUAAACAAUUAUUGCAAUAUGCCAGAGAUUCUGAUUUGAAAGGAGUGAAAAAUUCCUUGUCCCGUGGAGCACCUUUCACUUCGGAUUGGUUGGGUAUGUCGGCCUUACAUUUUGCUGCCAUGAACAAUCAACUAGAAAUUUGCCAGGUUUUACUUAAUGGCGGCAUUAAUAAAGAUUCCAAAACUAAAGUUGAUCGUACCCCUUUGCAUUUGGCCUGCUAUUAUGGCAAUGAGAAGAUAGUCGAGUUGUUGUUGUCGAAAAAUUGUGCUGUUAAUCCCAGGGAUAUGCUACGCAUGACUCCUUUACAUUGGGCAGUUGAGAAACGCCACAAGUCUAUAGUACGUCUGCUGUUAAAGCAUAAUGCGGAUGUUACAUUAGUCACGAAGUUUGGUCGUACCCCUUUGGCUUUGGCCGUUUUAACAGAACAGGCUGAUCUGUUGGAAGAAUUGGAAACGGCUCGUCAAUCGCAAGCAAGUCGAAAAUAUAAUGAAGAGCAUGAGAAGAAAAAAUUCAAAAGUUGUAAAGAAACAUCUGAUGCUGUUAAUUCUAUAAUGGGUUUAACUACCGAUGUUAUAGAUGAACCCGAAGAGUUUAUCAGUGAAAGUGAAUAUGCGGCAGCUAAAAUAAAAGAUUUAGAAAACAUUAAAGACACCGUCAUUUUAGGUGAUUCCACUAUUAAUUUAUUAAAAUCUCAUGGCAUUUCUAUGAUCCCAGAAGAUGAUACAUCAAAAGAUAUGUUAAAUACUGCUUUACAAAAUGGUCGCCAAUUGAUUUUAUCCGAAGGUGGAAAGUUACUAUUAAGUGAAACUAAGAAAAUUCACAAUAACACGAACAGUAAUAAUAAUAACAACAACAACAAUGCAAAUAAUAACAAUAAUCAAAAUAGCUCGAAAACUGUAGUGCCUGUUAGAGUACGUAAUGAUAGUUCCACUUAUGGCAAUACAGCAGCUUCAAACAACUCAAAUCCGUUGAGUAAAUUGAAACCGAAUAUCAUAUCAAAAGCUAAGGAUAAUUCUAAUAUAGCAAAGAAUAAGAAUAUACGUAUUAUUUCGUUAAAUGAUUUUAAAAAGCUUUAUGGCAGUACAAAUAUUAAAGCUAUGCAAAAAUUGCCACAAACUUUAUCGAGCCAACGUUUGGUCAAUGUGAGACAACAAGGUCAAUCGAAAAUAGCUCAGAUAAAAAUCGAUACUAAAACAGACAAAAUCACAACCACAACUAGCGAUGAACUCGACGAAGAUGAAAACCUUGCACACAUUAUACAAAUCGAAACAAAAGAUAAUGAUACUGAUAUCUCAGACACAAGAUUUCAAAUACAACAUGUUGUUCAGCAGCAGCAACAACUAACCCCGCAAACACAAUCAAUACCACAACAACAACCGCAGCAGCAACAGCAACAAACUCUAAUAAAACAACAACCAACUGUUGCCAAACAACCGGUACGUAUUGUACCAGCUAAACGUGUUGAACAUAUGGGUACGGUGCAAGUGCGUCAACAAAUGCCCAGCACCACCACGACACACAAUAUUAAGGCAAACACUAGUAUUGGGGGAGCUAGUAAUAACACAGUAAAUACUGCAAACAAUACAAAAUCUGUAGGCACCCAAGCACAGACUAACGCAUCCUCGUCCGUAAUACCUUUAUUAACUACUCCGGAAAUAUGUCGACAAUUAUUGGAUUUGCGUAAAAAUAAUGAAGAAUUACGUCGUAAAUUUGAUAUGGUGCAAAAGGAAAAAGAAGAAUUGCGACAACGUUUAGAAAGAUUGGAAGAAUUACUUUUGGUGGAACGCACGGAUGACGAUUCCUAGUUUUAAAAUAACAACAACAACAACGAAAUAUAGAAAGAGUCUUUAAAAGCCUGCUUAGUUUAGAGCGCUGCCUUUUUUAUGAAAAAAAAAUUA